AUGGAAAAGAGUCCAUCCGACCUCGCUCCGGAAUCAGACGCCUCUUCGACGACACAAUACGCACCCAAAACAGGUUUCACUUGUCGCAACGCCAAUGCUGAGCAAGUGCAGCAGGCUUUUAAGCCGACAGUCUCGGUACUUCAUGAGGGCGACAUUCCUAGGUAUGACAAGAACUUUCUCAUUCUCGAACGGUCAACCCGCAGAGCACUUACCCACACGGACCACGGCCUUCGUGUCGCGUCACUCGAAGAUGAUGGGCCAAAUCUAAGAAAUACGUGGCUGUGCGUUCAGAGGAACAAUUUCAUGGGAUUUAUGAACAAGCAGUCCCGUUGCUUCUUGGGUCACGAUGGCAAGGGAAGCUGUAGCACUGUGCACGCACAAGUGAAAGGCAUGGGCAAUUGGGAAUGCUUCGUGCCAAGACCGUUGCCAGACGGAGGCUACCAGAUCCUGUCACCCUUCUGGCACACCUACAUGCGUUUGGUUGUUGUCGUGGAUGAGGAGGGUCGUGUAGAAAGAUCCGAGCAUGGAGAUACGGCCUGGAUCUUUGAGGAGAUUUGA